GCGAUUGAUCUUCACGCUGGGAUUUAAAUAUUGAAAUCCGUUUAAAUCCGUUGCUUGUCUUCCGCAAGACAAAAACUUUAGUUUGUGUUGUAGAAGAAAGUCCAGGAAAGUCAACGGUGGAAUACACAAAUCUUUUCGUGAAGCAUACAUUCAACGGACAAGCAAUCCUGACCGAAACGGCAUAUUUCAGGCGUUACACGCUCCUGAGUAAUACGGACAGAAAACAGUUUCGGUCGAAAUGUCGAAAGAGGAGAAUGAAUGCGUUAUUCCGGACGUGAUAUACGACGUAAACUCGGGAAAUAGUUAUAUCAAAGGCCGAUUUUUCGGAAAGGGUGGUUUUGCAAAAUGUUACGAGAUCAGGGAAUCGAAAUCCCAUCGUGUAUUCGCUGGGAAAAUUGUGCCAAAAUCCCAAAUUACAAAAAGCAAUCACAGAGAAAAAAUGACACAAGAAAUCUCAAUUCAUCAGACUCUGGCUCACAAAAAUGUUGUUGGUUUUUAUGGGUUCUUCGAUGAUCCUCAGAAUAUAUACAUAAUUUUGGAGUUAUGUCGCAAAAGGUCAAUGAUGGAGUUACAUAAACGAAGGAAAGCUUUGACAGAAUGUGAGACAAGAUUUUACAUGAAGCAAAUAUUAGAUGGUGUCCAUUAUUUGCACCAAAAUAAAAUAAUUCACAGAGAUCUGAAAUUAGGUAAUGUAUUUUUGAGUGACGAACUGCAAGUUAAGAUUGGUGAUUUUGGAUUGGCUACUCGGUUGGAACAUGAAGGAGAACGUAAAAAGACAGUCUGUGGGACCCCAAAUUACAUAGCACCAGAAGUUUUGACUAAGUCUGGCCAUUCGUAUGAAGCUGAUAUAUGGAGCAUUGGAUGUAUCAUGUACACUCUGCUUGUGGGCAAACCUCCAUUUGAAACAUCUAGUUUAAGAGAAACUUACGCUAGAAUUAAACAAGUUCAGUAUAAAGUUCCUGCACACAUCAAUACAAUAGCCAUGAACAUGAUAACCAAUAUGUUGCAAGGAAAUCCAUCCAAACGUCCUUCUGUAGGCAAACUGUUGAAAGACCCGUUCUUCACUUGUGGUUACAUGCCAUUGAGUCUACCAGUUUCGUGUUUAACAAUGGCGCCUCGUUUAGACAUGCUAGAAAUGCACAAUCAACGUAAACCAUUGUCUGAAAUGAAUACUAAUGUAGGAGGAGAGGGACAAGACUUUAUAUUCAGAGUACCUAAUAGUCCAGCACGUAAGACAAAGCCUGCUGAUACAGUAAACGAAGUUCAGAAACUGAAUCAUGAUAUUAAAAAGAUGCUUCAGACACUAAGAGAGCAGCUGGCUGCAGUAUUAAAGCCUAAUCCUAGUAGAGAGACAACAUUGUCAGAAGAUGAAAUGACGGAUCCAGCCGCGCAGCCUGUUAUAUGGAUAAGUAAAUGGGUCGACUAUUCUGACAAAUAUGGCUUCGGAUAUCAACUUUCCGAUGACGGAGUCGGUGUUAUGUACAAUGACGGCACCCGGUUAAUUAUGCUAGCUAACUGUUUCAAUAUUCAUUACAUAAAUCGUGAAGGGAACGAGUUAUAUUAUACCGUCAGAGAAUAUCCGUCGGAAUUGGAGAAGAAAAUGAAGCUGAUGAAUUUCUUUUUGAAGUACAUGAAAGAGCAUCUAAUGAAAGCUGGAAGUUCUAUCAACGUGAAACCGUGCGAUGCUAUGUCCAGGAUACCAUACAUACAUCAGUGGUUCAGAACACAGAAUGCUGUAGUUAUGCAAUUGUCUAAUGGAACGGUGCAAAUAAAUUUCCUCGAUCACACGAAAAUUAUUAUGUGUCCGCUAAUGGCAGCUGUUACAUAUAUAGACACGGAAAAGAAUUUCAGAACAUACAGAUUUCAAACCAUACGCGAAAACGGCUGCUGUAAGGGUUUAGCGAAAAACUUAGCGUACGCAUAUGACAAACUUGUAUUGAUGUUAUCGAAUCCGCAAACUCGAUAAUCGUUGCUGGAAAUCUGUUGUGGGAACACGCUAAUGCUACAGUAUGUCGUAGAAAUAUUAGUAAUUUCUUCUUUUGUAAUAAGGGUAAUAUCUUUACACUUGGCGACUAACAAAUAUAGUUAAGUAAUUGUUUUAUUUUAUUUUGUAGAACCAUAUAGAACUUUUUACUAGGUGUUUUUAUUAUAACAGCCGAACAGAAAUCCGCAAAUCAUGCAAAUCAUCUUUAACAUUCCAAAAGGGGGCCCUGUUAUAUUUUUUUAGGACAGCUGACGAUUAAAUUGUGGUUGUAUUCCAUUGUAUAAUAACUCGUACUUUGACAUAAUUUUAGGGAUAAAAAUAAACGUUAAAUCUACGUGUCUUGCCAUGAUAUACACGAUACUCCACAAAAAUACCUUGGGUACAAUCGAAAAGAGCGAAAGCUCGUGAUAUGCUUUGUUGGAGUAGUGCAAUUUAAACAUUUGUCUAUUUAUUGAUAUUGAAGGAAAACAGGCGACUUGAACUUCAGUAGCCACAUCUGAGAAAAAAUAUUUUCAUAUUCAUAACUGACCAAUGUUUAGGGUCUGCUACGUAUGUAAUAUACGCGUGUGCAAUUCGUGCACCACCUAAACGUACUGAAAUUUAGGAUUUUCUUGAGCCUAGAAAUGGCUUCAAAA